AUGGCCGUGGUGCAGAAGGGGACAGCAACGCUCCGGAAAGCGAAGAAGGUCACCGUGAAGACGUGCCUGGACAACCCCUUCGUGUUUGAGUGGAAGACCAUCGAUGGCGAGGACAUGCGGUUUAUACUGCACACCUUAGAAGAAAGGAUCAAACACAUUGGGCUUAAAAAGAUUGAGACUCCAAGAAGGAAAAAACAUUCCCCUGCCAAAAUCCAAAUGGAAGGACACUGCGAUGCCAGCAGUGCCCAGCUCCCCGGAGAAGAGGCACGAGGUGGCUGUGGCCAGAUAGCAGGAUGGACAGACAUAGGCAUCAGGAGACAGCUUGCUAUUGGAGUGAACGAAGUGACAAAAGCCCUGGAGAGGAACCAACUACUCCUGCUGCUGGUGUGCAAGUCUGCCAGCCCUGCCCUGCUGACAACCCACCUGAUCCAGCUGAGCGCCAGCCGUGCCACGCCAGCUGGCCAGGUGCCGCGGCUCAGCCAGACCGUGGCACCGCUGCUUGGCUUGGCCUCCACCUUGGCGCUGGGCUUUAAGAAGCAGGCCAAUGCCUUCAGUGAGGUAGUGGAAGCAAUCAUCCCCAAGAUCCCAGCUCUGGAGGUGCCCUGGUUCCAGAGCACAAUUGAAGAACCCAUGGCUCAGGUGCAGUCUGACUCCUCUGAGGGUGAGGAGCCUGAGCAGCUGGUAGCGGCGUCGGGGGAUGAGCUUCCCAGCCAGAAGAGGAAGCACGCAGAAAGCCACCAGCUGCAGCUGUCACACGUGGUUCUGCUGCCUCUGAAAAUCAAGAAGCUUGUCCCAAAUCCAAACAAGAUCAAGAAACCACCUCGCAGAAAGAAGAAAGCUUUCUCAGCAUAA